GUUACUUCCGUAGCUUGCAGGCUAACAACAAGCUAACAGCACAAGAUAUUACAACCUCCUCCCGGGGUGGUCCGCGUUCACAUAAAACAUUUAUCCUUAAAAUGACGACUCCGCUGCUGCUGAAGGCUUUUGUUAACGAGCGACUGACAGCUGCUGCCGAGGAGAUAUUUCUGGUUUUUGAACGAACGAUAACAAAAUACGAAGAAGACGCUUCCAGCUCAAAGCAGGAGAUCGAGCGUCUCAGAUGUCUGCUGCAGGAGUUAGUGGCAACCCACAAAACAGACUUUUCUCUGGCAUCCACCUGUAAAGAGGAAACUCCACCUGAGCAGCACCUCUGUGAACCUGAGCCGAGCGUCAGCGUCCGUCAGAGGGACCCGGAGCCUCGACGCAUAAAAGAGGAGCCUUGUGAACUCUGGCCCAGUCGGCAGCUAGAAGAAGAUCAACAGUUUAUAGACGCUGGUGUCUCAUGUCUGCCUCGUUCAUUUGUCUGGGAGAAUAAUGUGCAGGAGGAAACAAAACUGCCGUUGCAACCUCAGACUCAAACAUCGGAAAGUGAGGAGCCAUUUCAGAAGGGAACAAAAGUCUUGCACUUUGCGUUGCCUCUCGCCUCAGCUCUGUCUGCGCAAGCUGCGAUCCAAAAGGAAAGCGUCCAAGAUGGCAGGGAGAACGAACGACCCGCUGCGAGCUUUACCUGCAACCAAACACCGGCAGACCGAGGCCAGGGCUCCUUCGUCACAUCCAGGGAAUCCCCGGAUUUAUCCCACUCAAAUUUAGCUGUACCCGACUAUCGUUGCUACUUGUGCGAUAAAUCAUUUUCCUCCAAUCAGCACUUGACAAACCACGCUUUUCGCAUGCACUCGAAAGACGCAGAUGCCGUGUGCGCCGUGUGCGGCAGAGCCCUGGAGUCCUCCGCGAGCCUCAGCGUCCACCUACAUUCGCACAGGGGCUCCAAAUGUUGUCAAAUGUGUGGCAAACUGUGCAAAACCGCCACGGCUCUGAGUGAACACGUGGCCGGCCACGCCGGCGUGAAGCUGCACCGCUGUCACGUUUGUGGGAAGGAGUGCAGCCGGAAAGCCGAUUUAAAGAUCCACAUGAGGAUCCACACGGGCGAGAAGCCUUUCUGCUGCUCUUACUGUAACAAAUGUUUCACCCACAGCGGACAUCUGAAGAAGCACAUGCGAAGCCACACGGGGGAGAGACCGCACAGGUGUGACCUCUGCGGGAGGGGCUUUCUACAGAGCGCACACCUGAAGUACCACUUGGGGACCCACGCUCAGAAAUACUGACUUUGUCAUCCACCUGGAGCCGAUUCUAUCAAAAAAAGGUCGGCGUGUGUAAAAGAUCACAAAGGGUCACAUGAUAUAUCUGACUGGGAAUUUUAUACCAUAUCUGCAGUAAUGUAUGCUUUUAUUUUAUUUUUUCAGUGCAUUUUUUGUGUAAAAUCUUUGAUUUCCCCUUAAAAUGGCUGAAAUCAAAACAAAUGUAAGAACCAUACUGAAGCGAGGAGGAGCAAAAACUUUAAUAUAUUAUCUGUCGGCACUGUAAACAUCACCACCAACUUUUUACUCGGCAACAUCAGGAAGUGUCACUAUUCUCAGUUACAACACUACUAUUAACAUCCAGAAAAUAAAGUGUCUUUGUCAUUUAUAUUUAUUUGAUGUACCGGAAUAGGAAUGAUAAGAUUAAACAAUGUUAAUUAACC